UAGAUUCUGCUCCAAUGCAUAUUUUGAACCAGUGCAUCACCCCGACAGGAACCAUGAUACGUCUGGUGGCGAUUGUAAUGCUGUUGGUCGGAGCUACAUUUAGUUACAAUUUCCAAGAUCCAUAUUUUAAUGAUCUCCUAUUAGAAGACCUGAUGGUUCUCCAAGGCCGCCCAGCAUGGACGAAGACGACCGCCAAAGACGAAAACCAACUACACUACACCUGUUGUGAUUAUCUGAACGAGGAAAAUUUCAAUAAACUCCAGCAAACUCAAAUCGUGUGCUACGUGGAGAAUGCACUGCUCAGUACAGCGAAAACCAAGUCCGGUAGAAUGGUGGACCCAGUCGAUAUGUUCUCCUGCGACAGACUCACCAAAAUCAAAGAGCAAUUCAUCUGUGCGUCUGACUGCGUAGCUCGGAAGGAGAACAUCACCGACGAUAGUGGAAAUCUGCUCGGAUCGGACGUCUUGGCCCCCUUCGUAUCGCAGUACUACGCGCAAGAUGUCUUCAAAGACGGUCAAAUCAAGGAAUUUAUCGACGCCUGUCUGGAGGAAACGAAAGCUCCGACGACCGAUUCCAGCUCCAAAUGCAACCCAUCGUCGGCCGAGUUUGGAUACUGUAUGUGGCGCAAAACGAUCCUAAGCUGCCCAGCGGAAAGACAAGAUACCAGUCCGGCCUGUGAGAAUCUACGCGAUAAGCUUCUGUAUCAGGAGGCAAAAUAUUUGUCCGACGAGGCCCCCUAAUCCGGAUGAGCGCUUUGUUUCCGAAGGACCUACCCUAAACGGUCGUAAACAAAAUAUGUAUUAUUCAUCGUGAUUGCAUAUAAAAGUACAAAAACAGAA